AUGGAAGUGAGGUUGAAUUCACAAAUAAUUCCCAAGAGAAGAAAUUUCAAGUGCCUUGGUUCAGUAAUACAAGGCAAUAGGGAGAUCGACAAGGAUGUAACACAUCGAAUUGGUGCGCGGUGGAUGAAAUGGAGGCUAGCAUUUGGUGAAUUGUAUGAUAAGAACAUUCCACCGAGACUUAAACGUAAGUUCUACGAAGUGGGAGUUAAACCGACUAUGUUGUAUGGGGCAGAAUGUUGGCAUUUCAAGAACUCGCAUGUCCAGAAAAUGAAAGUGGCAGAGACGACGAUGCUAAGAUGGAUGUGUGGGCAUACUAGAAGGGAUAUGGUUAAUAAUGAAGCUAUUCGCAGCAAGAUAGGUGUCGCUUCCGUGGUGGACAAGAUGCGGGAAGCAAGGCUGAGAUGA